AUGAUCCAUGAGAAAAGAAUUAUUUCGAAAUACACGCCACGUAAUAAAGACGCGAUUCUUAAACAGGAUUUUGCGGAGUACAGCUUCAUAGAAUUUAUUUAUGAAUUUUUCCCGCAAGAAGCCGAAUGGCAGUUGUUGGAAAGGCCGAUAACACUUAGGCAAUUCGAAGCACUGCCGUUCGUGCGCUCGCUUUUCUUCCGCUACGGCCUCAGCUUCACAGAUCCGAACUUGAGGGCCAUCGUUAAGAAGCCUCGCAGCACAUGCAUGUGUUUGCAGGCAGAUCGAAGUGGAGCAGCAACAAUUUCGAUAACUAUGUCCACCGAAGCGCUAAAUUCUCUGAUAUUUCACUACAACCUCAAGUAA